AGCAUCUUGGCUCAAGUCAUUUUUGGUCUUUGCGACUUGCAUCUUCCAAUCAUUGGCACUCUUCCUGCAACACGGUGCCAACAGGGUACUAUGCUGAAGCCAAUGGCAAGUCGUUGGGGGAAAACUAUCCCCCGUUUUAGUGCUGCAAAUGCUACGCCAGGGAAGGUCAUGGAAGCCUUACGCGUGCAAGGUUGCGCCAUCAUCGAGCGCCUGAUUCCGGAGCCGCGCGUGACACAGAUCAGCGCUGAACUCGAACCACACGUCGCCUCAAGGCUGUUGCCAGCGGACGGUGCUGAUGUCAUGCUGCGCGAGCAUGCAGAUUUCAUGGGCAAUCGCACCAAACGAAUGUUGGGAGUACUGGCGAAGUCCCCGACGAUGUCUGAGAUGGCUGCCCACCCCUUGGUGCUGGGCGUGGCCGAUGCGCUCUUGGCACCCUAUUGCGAACGCAUCCAGCUCCACAUCGGCAUGUUUCGUCGCUUAUGCCCAGGAGAGGGCAUGCAACUUUUACACCAAGAUCGCCACAGUGUGCCGGCCAUGGAGCUGAAACCUGCCAGGGGCGAGCCGGGCUAUUUCCCUGGAGCCCAGUGGGGCGUCGCAGCCCUGUGGGCCUUGUCGGAUUGCACGGCGCAGAACGGUGCCACGCGCUUGAUCCCCGGAUCCCAUCUGCGCAGCGAUGUGAAUUUGGAUAUGACGCUGAAGAGAACCGAGGCGCAAGAGCAGGAAGUUGGUUGGACACCAAGUGAGGAGGAUUGCAUCUUAGCCACCAUGCCACGUGGCAGCGUCUUGCUCUAUCCGUCGGCCACGGUGCGUGGUGCCUCGGCAAAUCAAACGGAGAGCGUCCGCGACGUGUGCCUCUUUGCUUACUCACCGGCCUGGGUGCGUCAAGAGGAGAACCUCUUUCUGACGACCCCUCCGAAGGUGGCUGCGAAGCUUCCGCAGGUGGUGCAGGAAUUGCUGGGAUAUUCUCUUCAUGGACAAGUGCUUGGAAUGGUCGAUGUCAAUGGCGACAUGGGCGAUCCUCAAGAUUUGCUGAAGGAGUUCAGCCCCUCCACUGCUACGUUUGCCAAACGCGCCGCGCUGCCGGUGCUGAGCCGCCAGACGCUUUCGGCGAAUGCGGAGCUGUUGCGGAGCACCUGCGAACACAUAGGUUUUUUCUAUCUGGUGGACCACGGCUUGGAAGAGAAGUUGCUCCGCGCCCAGAACGCCUUGCGGAAGUUCUUCCUGCAGCGGGACGAGGUCAAGGCCAAGGUGGGCACGUCGACCUCACGCGUCUUCCCGCAACACUCCCGCGGCUGGGUGGCCAACGAAACGCUGGAUCCCUCCAGGCAAGGUGUUCUGGACCUGAAAGAAAGCUUGGAGGUGGGCUUGGAGAGACCGGAGGAGGAGGAUCCUCAGAAGCGCCCCUUCCGGGGACCCAACAACUGGCCCUCGGAGCUUCCGGAACUGAAAGAGGAGUUCAUGGCCGCCGUCAAUGCUCUGCAUGAGCUGUCGCUUGAGGUAGCCUCGGCAUUGGAAGUGUGCCUAGAGGUAGAGCCAGGUACUUUUGUGAAGAAGUGUGAUGAUCCUAUGGUAUUGUGCCGCGGCCUCCAUUACUACACCCCCCUCGGUGGCGACACGCCCGACGAGGCGGCGUUGGGCUGCUCCGCGCACACGGACUACGGCCUGAUUUCGCUGCUGCAUCAGACGGCCAAGGGCUUACAGGUACUGCAUGCCGAAGACAAUGUUUGGAUGGAUGUGGACCCCUUGCCGGGUUCCCUGGUGGUGAAUUUGGGCGAUCUCAUGCAGCGCUGGACCAACGGCCGCUUCAAAUCCACGGUUCAUCGCGUGCUGCCGCCGGAGCCGGGGCAACGGCGGCAGUGCAUCAGCUUCUUCUUGGAUGCCAAUUUCGAUGCCGUCAUCGAGCCGUUGCCAAGGUGCAUCCCUCCAGGCGAAGCGUUGAAGUAUCCUGCCAUUCAAGCAGGACAGCACAAAUUGGCCAAGUUUAAGGUACAGUCCGGUUCCGAACUCGAUGACCAAAGCGCGGAGUUCUUCCGUCGCACCGUGGAAGCACCCAAGGGUGCCUCCGUGGGGGGCGCCUGACGCAAGAGGUAGGGCCAGGUAGCGAGUUUCUGUGGGCAAAUGGCUGAUUGGUGUGGAUUGUUCAUUAUUUUUCCAGGAAAAAGCUGGAGAAGAGCUGAAAAAAGAGAGUUUGAACGAUUGAAUGGUGAAUUCCG